UCCGGUUAAUCGGUAUCGGCUUUUUUGGUCCUCCAAUAAUCGGUAUCAGCAUUGAAAAAUCAUAAUCGGUUGACCUCUUUUCUCAACUCUCCAAUUCAUAAAACAUCGACUCGGGAGCACCCUAUCCUACAAUCUCUUGGAAGCAUUUAUUCUGAUGGCAACUGAAAAGGAAAUCCUUAUGGUCCUGGAUACAGAUGAUGUCAUUGACAGGGUGACAGAGAAGAACUGCUGUGACACCUGCUGACAAAAGGGUAGGGAGGGCAGAGUGACAGCAGAGGAGAACAAGAAGAGACAGGCUGACAGACUGACAACAAAGUUACAGACAGAGUGACAGAUCAGAACAAGGAGAAUCACAGACAGACAGACAACUGAGGAGAAUCACAGACAGGCUGACAGACUGUAACAGAUCAGAACAAGGUGAAUCACAGACAGAGGGACAGUGACAGCAGAGAUGCAGAGACAGACAGCACAACAGGGAUAAAACAGACUCAGAGGCCCAGUUAUAGUGAUGAGUUGUAUCUCCAGACUCCAGUGGUGUUUUAACAUGUAUUUGUUUUAAACAUGAGCUGGUUAAAAAAAGGAGGAAGACCAUGUUUCUUCACUCACUGGGACAGUAAAGGUUGGGAAUCUCUGUACUAUAGUGUACUACAGAUGUUAUAUGCUGCAGGUUAGGAGAGUUAGGUUAAGGUUAGGAAAGGCGUUGGCGGAAAAGCUCUCCUAACCUGCAACAAUAAUACCUUCCGAGUCGUAUCUGUAUCAAGUGUCAAAGACGGCAACAUUCUCUAAUAACUACAUGCCUAUUUCUGUUUCAUACUACUCAAAGUUGAUAACUAGCUUAUUCAUUUUUUCUUCAGUGAUUCAAUUCAGUAAGAUAUCAUCAUUUACUAAUUGAAAUAAUUAUAUUUACAUAUACUAAAACACAUGAAUUCAACAGGUCAGUUCAUCUCGAUACUUCAAAACUCCUAAUAACAUCACAAAUCCAGUGUGUGGGUGCUCCAGUGAGUUGGAGAGGAUUGAGGAACAAUGGCACCGUUUGAAACCUUGAUCUGGACUAUAACUAUUAUAUUUGUGCUUGAAUGCAUUGGAUGCUGUAUUGCAUGUGGUAGAGCUGAGUACAGAAUAGGGGAUGAAUGUUGUCCCAUGUGUUCACCAGGAAAUCAUGUACAUAGGCAUUGUACUGAAUUCACCAGUACCAGCUGUGUGCCCUGUGUUGAUGCUACAUUCCUUGAUGAGCCCAAUGGUCUCAUAAAAUGCAAAGUGUGUACCAACUGUGAUUCAGGUUUGGGUUUGAAGGUAAAGCAGCCAUGUACACCUUCAUCAGACACUGUCUGUGGGACACUGGAGGGGUUCUACUGUCUAGACCCAACUAAGGAUGGUUGUAGAGCAGCCCAGAGACACAGCAGCUGUAAACCUGGUCAAUACAUCAGUCACACAGGAACAACGUCUACAGAUACUGUUUGUGCUGACUGCACUGGUGAUACUUACUCAGAUGGAUCAUUAACAUCCUGCCAGCCACACACACAGUGUGAAUCCUUAGGUCUUCAAGAACUAAGACCAGGAACUCAUUUGUCCAAUUCUGAAUGUGGACCACAAUCCUCAAGAAUAGAACCUGGAAUCAUCAUUGGUGUUGUUGUGGCAUCAGUCCUAAUAGCUCCUAUUAUUAUAAUAAUAAGAAUUGUAAUUCUAAGGAAGAAAAGAAGUCCAACAACAGUGUCUUCUUCUCCAGUGACAGUAAAUGCUGUAGAGGCAUCAUCAGAUUUAGAGGAAACACCAAGCAAUGUAGUACAAUGAAACAGAAGAAAGUACAGCAUCUUGCAGGUGUUAGUUUUGUAAAUGAUUCAAGCUCUGACCGCACUCAUCAUUACAAAUGCUACCUGAGGCAUAGCCGACCACUACUAUUCUAAAUUGCGGAGACUUAGGACUACCAAGAACCCAUGUUGAGUGUGAGCAAGACCUUCGAUCGUCUAGUGGACUAUGCAGAAAUAAUCGCGUAAUUCAUCAUUGUUAAAGACUAGAGCGCUUUAUAUAAUAUGGACUGUUGUUUUUACUUUUUUCUAUAACAAUAGUUAGUCUUAUAUCCUCACAUACCCCGCUCAAUUCAAGCCCUGCUUUUAACCAUAAGACAUCUCAGUGAUUGUGUCUGUUAAACAGGUGAACUUGUGGUAAACUGGGAACUCUGGGGAAAGGACAAGGACAACACUAAAAGGCCACUGAACCCAGACGUGGUGCCUGCACGAUACACUGAACCCACACAUGGCACCUGCAUGAUACACUGAACCCACAAGUGUUGCCUGCACGAUACACUGAACCCACACGUGGCGCCUGUACGAUACACUGAACCCACACGUGGCGCCUGCAUGAUACAACAUUAGAAUACAAGUAGUACUAAUCAUUAAGGUGGUUGUCAGCAUGACUUUCAACUGCACAAUAUGCAUGAAUUCAAAAACGUUCUGCUGAGUUUGCCCUAGAAAAUGUAGCCUCGAUAGUAUCACUUCUUUAUGUCCCUUGUGAAUCCGGUUCUACUACCAGCAAGUAAAUACACUUCUCCCACAGUUCUGAGGGAAAGACAUUCACCCAAAAGCACCUUUUUACUGAAUUACCUUAGACAUAAAAUUUACAAUUAAUAGUCUUUUAACAUCCCCCACAAACCAAAUAGUUGUAACCUACAACUAGAUGCGAACUCAUCGAACUGAACAAAUCGAACUGAACAAAUAAAAGAGCAAUGGACUUUUAAAAACGUCCCUAACAUUCCCUGUAUACAAUUGUACAUGUUGGUUUCCUUCCUCAUUAAACCCCUUUCUUUCUUUUUUCUAUCUCUACAAUUAAUGGACAAAUGGAUUUAUUUAAAUUAAUCUAACACCAAUACAACUAUUUUCAGUUUAGCAGUAUUAUCAUGAUGAAUUUGUCAGACUACUCAGACAGAUGGUAAACAGAAUGUAAAUCUAAACCUGCAAACCUUGGCUACUUUCAAUUCUCUGCCUGUUUCAUAAAAAAAACUGCAAAAAUACUGCAGGGACUUUCCUAGUCAUAUAACACAUGCAGAACCUGCUCCACCUGUCUCACCAUGCCUUACUGCCCUCCUGAUCUAACAGAACUGGACAGGGGAAAACAAAUACCAUGAUGCUUUCUCCUGUUCAGAUCAAUGACAAUGAAAGAAAGGAGAUAGAGGAAGCCACUGUAGACUAUUGAGAUGCACCCCUACAGUAGGCUGUGGCUGCCUUGUUAUCAGUCUUGUGUUUCUCUCCCUCAGGAAUGGCAGACCAAGGAGCUGCUCUCACUUGUGACUCCACUGUCUGAUGAAGAAACAAAGCCGCUUGAUGACAAUGGAUCCUCCUAAAGAGGUCAAAGGGCAGACAAAUCUCUCAGGCAGUAACAUCCCAGUCUGCUUCAGUGGCCCAGAAAUCAGGAGCAAACCCAGACUCAGAGAUGGAUAGUGAUGAUUCGCUCACCCCCUGCCAUGUCAGCUGACCAGGAAUGAGGCAAGCCGCCUCGUUACUCCCGAGACUGUCUGGAGGCCUUCCUCUCCUCUGAGGACCCAGCGAGGGUGGAGCACAGUGAGACACUUCAACAGCCAGAGAGGGGCAGUCAAGAAAUGGAACAGCAAGGCCACAGAACAUGGCAUACGUAGAGCUGUGGGAGACCACCUGAAGCAUUCCCCUGGUAGAGCCAGAGGAUGGUGUUUACCACACCAACACCAAACACCUUCAACAGGCUUGAAACGUGGGAUUGAUCUGUUUGAUCCAUUUUAUUUGUUUCAGUUUUCAUUAGUUGAAUCCUUUGACUUAUUAAUGAUAAAAAAUAAAUGUUUUUAACAAAAAUGCACUGGAUUGGUUCAAAGGUGAUACUAAACAUCCAUCAUUUUGACACAGAGGAAGAUAUGCUAAAUUUAUACUGUUUUUGAAUCUAAGAUGGACCAAAAUAUAUGUUCCUUUUGCACAUUUCUGUUCAUUAGUUUUGCAAGAAUGUUGAUUGGUCGGUCAUUGGGUUGAUUAGUAUAGCAAUAUGUUGAUGCCAUUGAUUAAAAGAGUAAGAAUAUGAUGCAAUAUUCGACACUUGUUUUACUUCAGUUGGUUGCAUAAAUAAUGACGAUUACUACAUGUUAUAUGAAAUAUCAAAAUGGAAUUGUUCAAAUGUAAUGGAAAAAAUUUACUUAAUGUUAAGGUAUGGAAUAAUACAUGUAUCCUUUUUCACGAUGGAUGUUUGAAAUAUGAGCAGAUGAUGAUUUGAGUCAGUCUUCUUCAUUAGUGGAAUAAAGACAAUUAGCACUAAUGUUGUACAGAAAUACUGUGUGUAAAUACUGGAGUGAUGUGGGAUGUUAAUAAAAUGUCCAUAGACCAA